AUGCUGAGCGGCACCUCUGUCGUCUAUGAGCGCAAGGUGGUAACCACGCAUAUUCGAACUUACAAUUGGCCGCCUUUGCAGCUCAAUUUCUGGAUCUUCAUCAUGCUGUUGUGCUCCAGCACCAUCAUAGGCGUCUUUGGCAACUUCAUCCAGAUCCAGAACCAACUCAGGCUGCCCAUUCCAUGGUACUUUCCCUACUACAUCACGGUCGGCGCCAUUGCGAUCUUAUUCAUAUUCGGCAUCUUUUGGUUGAUUGCUCAACGUCGGCUGCUGCCUGCCAUUGUCAUGAUCGGCGCCUUUAUGCUCUUCGUCAUGUGGCUCGUGGGUCUCGUCGUUGUAUCUCUCGAGCUCUGGGGACCGAACGGAUCUAUUCAGGGCACUUGUGAUAUGAACGUCUUCAACCAGAAUCCCAGGGGCAAGACGCAGGAGACGCUGGCGUGGCUGGAGCAAAAGAUGAUCUGUCAGUGCUGGGACUUGGUUUUUGCCAUGGCCUUGACGGGAGCCAUCUUUCUGUUCUGGGUGAUGAUUAUGGCUUACCAAGUCUUUGCCAGGUCAUAA